UUUUGAAGGUGGUUCCUAACCAGGAAGACUUGCGUAAUACUGAGGUCAAAGCCUAGAACUGUAGACUCUGCUUUGACGUUUGUGUUGAUGUGGGGUUUUCGGGGACUUUCGCAACACUGAGUAUUUGAUUGGAACUCCUGGACGAUCUUUAGCGGAGUUCAGUCCUGGGGAUCCACUGACCUGCACCUUUUCAUGCUUCCAAAACACACAACCUAACUCAUGACUGAUCUGAUAAAUAUCUGAUCUGAGCUGAAUUUAGGAGUCUUCAGGAGUUAGGAAAGCAUAAAGUAUCAAGACUGGCGUUGAGUUGAUCUGUCGGUGGAAUUGUUACUUCUAUCGUCUUGCUGAAGUUUCAUCCAUAGAUCUUGAAGGUCUUUGGGCUCAUUAGCAGUAACGGAACAGUAACUGCUGAGAUAACACACCCCAGAUGCAGUGCCUACAACAUCCUGUGGAGAAACUGCGCUCGGUUCUCUUCUCUGCCCGCAAGGAUCUGAUACAAGCCUAUGAGCAGUACAGCGAGGAGGAAAAGCGGUUUCUUGAGGAGGGUCUCCUUCCAGGCAGUGCUCUUUUCACUGCCAUCAUCAUUCACUCUGAAUCUGACUGGAUUCCCGCACACCCCCAACCUCCUCAGGACUUCCAGAGCUUCUACAGCAACCCAUAUCGCAAAACACCCGACCCUGGCCACAAGACCAUUUACAUUCAAACUAUUGGACCCUUUGGGGAUGGAACUGGGAUCACUGAGCAGUAUGUGAAGUGGCUGAAGGAAUACUGUGAGGCGUUUUACUACAGCCUGGCAGUCAAGUUCUUACCAGCAGUGACCAUUGCAGCCACCAGUUGCACAUUUCGUGUCAACAGCAACACAAAUAACCUGCAGCUUCAUGCAGGUGACCUCUUGGCAUUUUUGAAAAAGAAGAAGCCAAAAGAUGCAUUUUGCAUUGUUGGGAUCACCAUGAUUGAUCUGUACCCAAAAGACUCCUGGAAUUUUGUCUUUGGUCAAGCAUCUCUCAGUGAAGGAAUGGGGGUUUUCAGCUUUGCUAGGUAUGACGAUGACUUCUACCGCAGAAAUUAUGCCGGACAGCUGAAAAAGAAUGUAAAACUGAAGCCAGGGGACUACAGUGUUUUCCAGGACUGCUACACACCUCCCAUUAACAGCACUCUGCUCCUCCGCUCAUGCAAGACCGUGACUCAUGAAAUUGGGCACAUAUUUGGUAUCCAGCACUGCCAGUGGCUCCAGUGUGUUAUGCAAGGCUCCAACCAUUUAGAGGAAUCAGAUCGUCGUCCCUUAGACCUUUGUCCCAUCUGCCUCAGGAAACUACAGUCUGCCAUUGGCUUUAAGAUUGCAGACAGGUACAAGGCUUUGCUACAAUGGAUAGCGGAUGGAAGUUCUGACAAACCCACAGAAGCUUUCCAAGACUUCAGAAAGUGGUUAUAUGAGUGUCUGAGCAUAUUGGGAGAUAAAACAGUUUAACUCUCUUACAUAUUAGCAAGGAGAAAAAGCAGAAGUGAUAUUUAAUGCAUGGUUAUUUUUAGAUCAAACAAGCUUGCAUUAUUUAGCUUUGUGGAAACACCAGUGUAAGUAACAUGCUGAAUUCAUAUUUUACUCCAAAAAAUAAGAUUCUUACAAUAUAUAACGCUUUAGUUUUGUCUGAAAUAGAGAUAUACUUUAAUUCCAAAUGUUAAAAAGUGUCAUUGUGUAAUAAAAAACAAAACACGUUGCUAUUCCAUACACAUAAAAUCUUUCCAAACAUAAAAAAUAAAAUCUAGCAUUACAAUUUCUAAGUA